AUGUUAUAUCAGAGAUCUAAUGCAGAAGAAGUGGGACACCCAAUUGCUGCCAUUAGAGCCAUCCGGACAGAGUUUCAAGGUUCAGACAUCAAGGGGUGUUUCUUCCACUUUACCCAGGCGAUUUGGCGGAAGACACAGGAGCUUGGUCUUGCUGUUGGAUACAGAGAUAACCCCCUUGUGGAACAGUGGAUCCGACGAGCUGCUGCCUUGCCUCUGCUGCCUCUUCAACAGGUUCAGGAUGCAUGGUUUGACUCCAUGAACCAGUCUCCCGAUGUACCGAAUGCUGACGAAUUCAACGACUACAUAGUCACAAACUGGGUGGAUUAUGAAGCCAGAUUCCCUCCUUCGCUGUGGAACCAUCACCAGACAUUCGGCCCAAGGACCAACAACAACCUGGAGGGUUUCCACAGUCGCCUCAAUGCAUCACUGAAUCAUCGUCAUCCUAAUCUCUACAUCGAGAUCAUCAAGAAGAUUGUGAAAUCUGAGAAGACCAAGCUAUCUCAGUUAGACCUAGGUGCAGCUCCACCAGCAAGAAAGCGUGUGUACAAGGAGAUUGACAAUCGACUUUCCAGACUGAAGGAUCAGCUAUCCCAGGGUGUCAAGACACCACUCCAGUUUUUGGAUGCUGUUGGCAAACUUCUGAAGAUGGAUUAA